AUGGCUUGUUUGAGUCAGUCUUUGCGCCAACUUCAGGGACCUUUGCUUGCAUUCAAGGAAUCGGUGGAGGAGGAGGACAUGGACUGUCUGAAGGAGGAUGAGGAGGAGGAGGACGAUCCUGAGUUUGUGGACGCGGAGGAGCUCUGCAGUGGGGGCGUGAAAGCAGGCAGCCUCCCGGGUCGCCUCCCGGUUGUGAUUUUUGAUGAAAACACUCAAGAGAACUAUGCCGUAUUUGGACGUUUUCCAAUGACAAGUGCUUGGUGGCGAGUGAAGGUUCGAGUAAAGCCUUUGGGAACGAAGCGCUAUCAAAUGCAAGGAUUUCCAUCUUACUUUUUGCAGUAUGAUAUGUCACCACCAAAUCAAAAACAUAUCUGUUCCCUCUUUCUGAAAGAUUGUAAUGUCCCCGCUGAAAAUAUAAAUAAAUUUUUAACAUGGAUAGAUGCUGUAUCAAGUUGUAAAAAACUCAACUUUGGAAAUCUUAGGGAAACAUUGACAAUGUUCCAAAAGGAAUUUGAAAGGAAUCAUCAAAAGCAGUCUAAACAGAGAAGUCAGGAAGAGCCACCACUGGAUUCUGAGAUAAUAAACCUUUCUGUGGAAAACGAAAUUCCAUUUAAACAUGUAAUGACAGCUUUGCAGUUUCCAAAAAUCAUGGAAUUCCUUCCAAUUCUUCUGCCUCGACAUUUUAAACGGCUCAUAAGCUCAGGUUACGAAGAGUUGUUGAGAGCGAUAGAAGAGAUAUUAACCACAAAUCCAUGGAAACUUGGAUUUGGUAAAAUAACCUACAGAGAGCUGCAGCUUCUGCGGUGUGAGGCCAGUUGGACAGCAUUCUGUCAGUGUGAGUCUCUCCUGGCACUGAUGACUGACUUGGAGAAGAAUGCUUUAAUUAUCUAUUCCAAACUGAAGGAGCUCUGCAGAGAACAUGGGCACACGUAUGUUGAAAUAGAUGAGUUAACAUCUCUGUUGUCGGAUCUCAUGUUUGUCCCUGAUGCUUGGAAGUCUCUGAAGUUCAUGAAGGAUAUUGGUGUCGUGACAUAUGAGAAGAACCAUGUCUUUCUUUCUGACCUGUAUGAGGCUGAAAGAGACAUCGCCUGGUCCAUUGGUGUUCUGAUGACAAGGCCUCCAUGGCAUUUGCAUGUCGAUGUUAAGAAGGUGCUUGCUUCUCUUCAUGCCACAAAACUGGAGGAUUCAGGAAGUGGGGAUACAUGGGAUGAGAGUAAGCCCGGUGAAAUAGCACCAGAGGACUCGGUGUCCAACCAGGACACACAGGGCAGCUGGGAACAUCUUUGGGAUAAUGUGGAGAAUGAAGUUCCUGGAGAAAUAAGUGAAGCGCCACUGGAUCAGGAUCAGGUGACUGCACUGGAGAUGGUUUGCUCUAAUGCCGUGACAGUCAUAAGUGGCAAAGGUGGCUGUGGGAAGACCACAAUUGUUAGCCGUCUUUUUAAGCAUAUAGAGCAGCUGGAAGAAAGAGAAGUAGAAAAAGCUUGUAAGGAUUUUGAGCAGGACCAGGAUGUGCCAGCAGAGUGGAAUACUUUCACCGAGGAAAGUCUACCGAAGACAGACCGGGCCAUAGAAGUUUUACUUACAGCACCUACGGGGAAGGCUGCUGGUUUACUGAGACAGAAAACAGGUUUACACGCCUACACGCUGUGUCAGGUCAAUUAUAGCUUCUAUUUAUGGAAGAAAAAACAAGAGACUAAAAACAGUCCAUGGAAAUUUGCUUCUGUUAGAGUUCUGGUUAUGGAUGAAGGGAGUUUGGUGUCUGUAAGAAUCUUCAAGUCGGUUUUGAGUUUAUUGUGUGAACACUCCAAACUUUCUAAGCUUAUUAUCCUUGGUGAUGUUAGACAGUUACCUAGCAUUGAACCUGGUAACCUGCUGAAAGAUCUUUUUGAGACUCUUAAGCCAAGACACUGUGCGGUUGAAUUAAAUACAAACCACAGAGCAGAAUCUGAGCUAAUUGUGGACAAUGCUACAAGAAUCUCAAGACGCCAGUUUCCAAAAUUUGAUGCUGAGCUGACUAUUUCUGAUAAUCCAAUAUUCCCUGUCUCAAUUCAAGAUAAAACAUUUAUUUUUGUUAGACUCCCAGAACAGGAUGCUGGUUCUCAACCAUCAAACAGUAAUCAUCACUCUCAUUUAUAUUCUGCGGUAACAACUUUACUCAAAGAAAGUGAUCUACAAAAUGCAAAAACAUCACAAUUUAUUGCAUUUAGAAGACAAGACUGUGAUGUGAUCAAUGCCUGCUGCUGCAAACACUACACGGGCCGCCUCACCAAAGACCACCGGAAUAGAUUUGAAUUUGGAGUUGGUGACAAAAUUUGUUGUACCAAGAAUGCAUAUCUCUCCGAUGUGCUCCCUGAAAGGACUCCCAACAGUCAGCAAGUUAAUGAACUAGAAGCCAGUGGCAAAGACUUUCACAGUCCUCCUCAUGGUUUUGCUAAAAAUAAGCUUGACCUUGAAAGUGGUAUUCGACUCUGCAAUGGAGAAAUAUUUUUUAUCACAAAUGAUAUAACUGAUGUUACUUACGCAAGGAAAAGAUACUUGACCAUUAAUAACAUGGUUGGCUUGGAAGUGACUGUGGAUUUUCAUAAGCUAAUGCAUCAUUGUCACAUAAAACAUGCUUGGGCAAGAACUAUUCACACUUUUCAGGGCUCGGAGGAACAGACCGUCGUGUAUGUGGUGGGCCGGGCGGGCCGCCAGCACUGGCAGCACGUGUACACGGCGGUGACCCGGGGCCGCCGCCGAGUCUAUGUCAUUGCCGAGGAGUCUCAGCUCCGCAGUGCCAUCGCCAGGAACAGCAUCCCCAGGAAAACGCGUUUGAAACACUUUUUGCAAAGCCAGCUGUCUAGAAACUGUGCCUCUGCGGCUGCAGGCGCCGCCUCCGCGUCAGAGAGCUCGGGGGACAGCGUAGGACCCAGGGGCACAGGGGAUAGUGGGGGGCCCGGGAGCACAGGGGACAGUGGGGGGCCCGGGAGCACACCACCGCCAGCCUCACCGAUCCCCAGCACACCGCCGUCCCGUUGGCCCCCUGCAGUCGAUCUUGCAAACUCUCGAGUGUCCAAGAGAACCGCGGGCACAGAUGACGAUGCAAGUCCCAACAAAAUCCAGAUGGUGGAAGAAUCACCUCAUGUGUCUUCUAGACUUCUGAAUAUGAGACUGAACAGCUUAACCCCAAGACAACUUUUCAAGCCUGCAAAUAAUCAAGAAACUUGAUCUUAUUGUUGAUUGCUCAAAAUAUCUUCCUCUUUUCCCCAUUUGACACAAAGUGA